AUGGACGCCUGCGCCAACGACCGGUUUGAGACCCAGACACGGACCGCGGUGGAGGUGUCCGUCCGGGCCACCUUCGCCGCGCUGGGGCGGGACGGUGCCGCGGGCGGAGGAGGCGGGAAAGCAGCAGCGACGACGACGUGUUCCAACCUCCGGGAGCUGGGGAGAAAUUUAACCGCCAAAAUAACCGAGCUCUACCGAGACGCGUCCUCCGGGCUGCUGCGGGAGAACCGGGCUCUGAGGGCGAAGGUGGGGCAGCUGGAGGCCGAGCUGAAGAGCAACCUCGCGGCCGGCUUUCAGCUGGAGAGUCGGCUGCGGAGCCAGGUGGGCCGGCUGAGGAGGGAGGCGGCUCACCUGGACCGGGAGGGAGAGAGGACUCUGACCGGGCCGGUCCAUGUGCUGCUGCAGGGCGGAUCAGUGCUCGGGAGCCCCGUUGUGUCCCUGUACACCAAUCAGAUGGUGUCGGACCCUGCAGCUCUGUCGGUGGCCAUCCUGAGCUCUUCAGUGGCCACAGGUCAGACCUGGGCUCAGCGCUCUGCCCCUCUGAUGGUGACAAGUCAGCCUCUGCCCAACCUCGCCUCCGUGCCUGUCAAUCUUCACCUGACACCUCAGGGCGCUGCUGCUGCUGCUGUACUGACCAUGACACAGACUUCCCAGAACCCCCUGCAGUCUGCACCGACAGCGAACAGUCAGGUGACCCCCGAUCUUCAAACCUCACUGAAGGCCACGGGGAAGGCUGCUGACGGUCCACCGGGUUUCACGGCGGAGGAGAACAAACCCGUGGCCUCAUCAGGGGUCACCUCUGAAACUCAGGGAACCUUGACCAAGCUCAGCGAGGACAAACCUGAAGAGGCUGGAGGAAAGUCAGCAGGCCUCGGGAAGGGUAACAGCCAGGAGAAAAACCGAAGGAGGAAGGAGAAGAAUCAGCAGAAGCGAGUCUUCUGUGAGAAAUGCAACAAAGGUUUCCACUACCGACAUCAGCUGAAGCAACACAUGAGCUGUCACGACAAGCCUUUCUCCUGCGACCAGUGCGACAAGCGCUUCCACGAGGAGAAGACUCUCCAAACUCACCUACAGGCCCACAAGGUGAGAACGGCAAGAGACAGGAAAAGUCAGCAAAUGUGGCCUUGUAGCCAGUGUGACAAACAAUUCAGACUCCAGAAAAACCUCGAAGCACACCUGCUACGCCAUCAAGCGCAGAAAAUAUCCUUCAAGUGCUCUGUUUGCGAGAAGACGUACGGUAAGCUGCGUCUGCUGAAACGACACGAGGCCGUCCACACCGGGGUCCGGCCCUUCAUCUGCGACACCUGCGGGAAACGGUUUACCACCAAGAGCGUCCUGCAGGAGCACCGGUCCAUUCACAGCGGAGAAAAACCUUUCACCUGUGCCACCUGUGGGAAGACUUUCAGGACAUCUGCCCAUCUGUUUUCUCACAAGAGAGUGCACUCGGAGGAGCGGCCGUUCAAAUGCUCCGACUGCGGCAAGGCGUUCAAGCUGAAACGAGCUCUGGUGCAGCACCAGAUCGUCCACACGGGGGAGAAACCCUUCGUCUGCCAGAUGUGCGGAAUCGGAUUCGGCCUCAAGAACAACCUCCAGAGACAUCUCCGUGUCCACACAGGUGAGAAACCUUUCAGGUGCGAGGAAUGUGGGGAGCAGUUCUCAGGGACAUGGGCGUUCAAGACCCACAUGCUGGUUCACGGCGCCAAGAAACCAUUUAUGUGUGACCUGUGUGGGAAGAUGUUUUUCUACAGCUCUAAACUGCUGGAGCAUCAACAGGUGGUGCACCAGGACCAGGAGAUGUUACAGAAUCAGCAGAGAGAAAAACCUGCAGGCCUCAAAUCCUUCAGCUGUCCGGUCUGUCAGAAAUGUUUCUCCAGCGCCAGCACUUUGAGAGUUCACGAACAAAGCCACACAGAAGAAAACAAAUUAAUCUGCGCUACCUGUGGGAAGUCUUUCCACCGAAAAUGUACGUUUGUCUACCACAUGCGACGUCACGGUGAGGAGAAGCUCAACAACUGCGGCGUGUGCGGCAAGAGAUUCCUGCAGCCGAGCCGUCUAAAGGAGCACAUGACGCUCCACACCGGAGAGAAAAGGUACACGUGCGAGCAGUGCGGCAAAGCCUUCAGGACGCGCAACAACUUCUACCGACACGCUAAACUCCACAGAGGAGAGCGGCCGUACGAAUGCCAGGUCUGCAGCAGUAAGUUCAGCCAGUCCAACCAGCUGAAGUCGCACAUGCGGAUCCACACCGGGGUGAAGCUGUACUCCUGUGACCGCUGCAGUCGGGCUUCUCCAGCUGCAGGCAGCUCAAGAAGCACCGCUGUGGUGACGCUUGACGUCGAAGACCUGAAUCUUUUUGAUGUGAGAGACAUGAACUUGUGGAAAUGA